GUGCAAUCCAUAAACAUGUCAAAUUUGUGCACAAACACAUUUUUCUGGGAAAAGCGAUAGAAGAAAAAAAUUAAGUGUGGUGAAAAGACGAUUUACGCAUUUUACUGUAGUAUCAGCUGCGGCUGUAGAAGUUGUCGUGGUGGAAGCGUGUGUGCGCGAAACAAACAAAACAAAUACCGAAUUAUGAUAUUUUAAGCGUUCGCAGAUAAUAAUUGAAUAAGCAAUGGAUAAGCGAUUUAAAUGGGGUCUCAAUCAUCCAUAUUAUUCUGCACGAGCAUGCGCCGGCCCUGGUGAUUACUACUAUCCUAAACAUGCAAACAAGAAUUAUAUACGCCAGCAUCACAGCCACAGCAAGCACGACACAUCCGGCAGUAAAAACUAUUACUAUAAGCCGCCACGUCCUAAUGCUCAUGGUCUUGCCAGUAUUGGAGCUGCUGGUGCAAUCGCGCCUCCGGCUCCAGGCAAUACCGCCACAGCCGGUAAUGCCAGCUCCGACUUGGUUACGCUAAUUGUCGAAAAUAACAAUCUCAAGCGCAUGAUUGUGUUACAUAUGAACUUAAUGCAGGAGCAAACCGACAAUAUAGCAGCCAAGGACAAGGAGCUGGAAGAGGAGAGCAGUAACAACGCAGCAUUGCUUUCACAGAAUCAAAAACUAAUAGGCGAUAAUUCAAAUCUGAAAGAAGAGAAUGCAAAACUUGAAGAAGAGAAUGCGAAGCUCGAAGAAGAGAAUGCAAAACUCGAAGAAGCUAUCGAGGAUCUGCGACGACAAUUGCGGCGGAAUAUAAAACGGCCGGUCAAUGCAGAUAAUGAUGACCAUUCACCGCCGACGUCGCAGGCGAGGGUCUUGUGCCAUGUGGAAACCCAAACGAUUAUUGGAAUGUCGAUGGUACAUAUGCCUAACCAAGUACAACCACAUCCCCCACCUCUUCACCUGCAGCAUCAGCAGGAGCUAGAGGAGCCAGAUACAAAACAGAUCGUUCAAUACGAGCAGAAGCUGCAAAUUUUGCCACCGCAGGAACAGCAGCAAAAAGAGUUGCACAAUGAACCACAUUACUUGCAGCCGCUGACUGAUCCACACUUUCAGCUAAGCAAACCGAAGGUUUUGGUCACAUCAGUGGCACAGCUGCCUUCAGUUGCACCGGCGACGAAUGCCUCCCUAAAUACAAGCGAUAGUAAAGUAAGGGGCGAGUUUAAUGGCGGGAAAAAAGUCAGCACUAUAAUUUUGAGACGUGUGAAUCAAGAGUCCAGUCUCAUUUCCACCUCAAAUCACAGUGUGCAUGAUGAACACGCCGAACUGGAUGAUGGGCCGCAGCUUGUAGAUGGGGAGGUGGAGGUGGUUACCGAGACAAUCAUUGGUGCUGAGGAGGAAGUCUCCAGAUGUGGACCAGUCGACGAUGUGGGCGAGGAGGUGGAGUUGGAGGAAGAGACUGCUGAUAAUAAUGAUCACAUUGAAAUACAACCCGUUGAAAUCCCUGUCGAAUCAUCAGACCAAGAGCUGCCUGCUGAGGAGGAGGAGGAACGGCCAUUGGUGCCAGUUAUCAAAAGUGUAGAAGUGAAAAGGAUUGACAUAGAGAGGCCCGCUGAGGAGGAGGAGGAGGAGGAGCGGCCAUUGGUGCCAGUUAUCAAAAGUGUAGAGGUGAAAAGGAUUGACAUGGAGAGGCCCCUAAAUAUAUGGAAUGACGAGUCUUCGCGUUCUAAGUCGCUGUCAAAGUUGGUUUUAACGGACACAAUGCCGGUGGCCCCAGUUAAACGUGGAGUUAGCAACGAUAUCGGACUUAUUUCCAAAAAUCAGGUCACGCCUUCAGCUCAUUCGACACCAAACCACCAGCAAAAGGUGCAACAGAAAAAUUCCGAUGUGAAGAAGUUGGAACCUGUCGCUGUGACUGCUAAUGAGGAUCACGCAGCUACGAAGCGCGUUCAUGGGCACCAUGGCCACCUGAGAUACACUAAAGAUAAAAUCGUUACCGAAGACCAUUUAGAGUAUGCUGAUGAGGGACUGUUACAAACAGAAGAGGUACAAAAUGAAUCCAUUAUCGACGAUCUACAUACGACGAUAGUGAAUAUAUCAGCAGCUUCAGCAGCAGCAGCAGCGUUUAUUGCAGAGUCAAAAAGAAAUGUUGCAGCAUUUCCUAAAAAUAAGCAUAUAACGCAGAAGGUGCAAUCGGAGCCAGCGGUUGGGAAUUAUCUGGUAACAAAACUAACACAAAAGAAGCAAAUGGAACUUUCAAAGAAGCCUCGAGUUGGCCCCCUUUCUAGCAAGCUGAGUUACCAACAACAACAGUCGGAUGCGGUAAAAUCGAAUUGUACAGCGCCAGUGCCAGCGAAUUACACAAAGACCAGUAAGGCGACAGCACAAGAGCCACGGAUACUGAGUAUUGAGGAGCAAACAAAACAGAAAUUGCACAAGCACAUUUAUAAGCAAUUGACCCAAGUGCCGACGUUGCAUCUUAAGAAAUUUCAGAAGGAGAUUAAAAACUCAAACUUGAUAUUUCCACCAGAACCAACAACUCCUGCGGCAGCUUCAACACCAGCGGCUCCAAUUACUCCCGCACCAACGCCAACGACUACGCCCUCAUCUACACCACAACCAACGCCAAUAUCCUCCGCCUCACCGCAAUCGAAAACGGAGGUAACUGGUACAAAAGCAACACCGUUGACACCACAAUCCAUCAGUAGCGUUAGCAGCACCACCAGUAAUAGUCGCCGGACGGUAAACAACUGUACGCCACAUGCCUACACAAAAAUAAAGCCCACCUCUAGAUUCCUCAGUACACCAUAUCUGUAUACGACGCGCGCCUAUGAGGAUCAAGAAGUGCACUGCGAUUUCGAGUUCUUUUUGGAGGAGGCCGAACAGCUGUUUUCUGACAAUCCGCACUUGGAAAUACCCAAAUGGGAGCAGGUUGAGCUACAGCCAACGACAGACAAUAAAGAUAUCGAGCCGCUACUCGACGAUGAUUUUAUUAAACGACACGAGCCGCAUGUGCGGGAUGAGAACAUUCGCAAGAAACGCGAUGCCCGCAGCGUGCGGGACCAAAUAACAUGCGAGAAUCUGCGCAAGCGACACAAUCAGGAUGAAGUGAUAGUGAAGCUCGACCCGCUGCCCAUGUCCACAUUCUAUCCGCUACCCAGCGAUAUAGAGUCAGUUGAGUUUGUUAAUGAUGUGUUUGUCCAGGCAUUUGGCGAGAAUUUGGUGAAUCUUCAGACGCGUACCGACUUUACACUGCCCUGGCUGGACGAGACGAAUGCCAAGACCGCCAUUGCGACUGCCAAGGCGCGUGCCAUGCCGGUGGCCACACUGUCCAGCAAAAAGUUACGAACGACCGCCGCUGAAGCGAGGCAUCAAGAGAUGAAUUCCUCGUUUGUGUUCCUAAAGCGACGCAAGCAGCAGCGGCGCCAGCGUUAACGAAGCCCAUAGGCAGUGUAAAAAGGAGCAUUGAGUGGCGUGCCAAAGGUUCAUAUAAAUGACGACGUUGCUUAUUGAAUGCUGAUUUUGUUUUUAUUUUUUGUCUUUUUUUUUAAUUAACCACCUUUUUUAAGAUAUAACAGUCUUUAGUCCUUAUGUAGAAAGUUAACAAUAAACUAAGGAAAUAUUUUAGUUAGCUGUAUUUCCGAAAAUAUUUUUUUUUUUUUCAAAUUUACCUUAGAAUGAAACCAAUGUCCACAUCGGAUUAUCUCAGCAUUAACACAAUAAUCGCGACAAACCGUGAUAACCAAAAUAUAACUUAUGGAUGCAGAUACAGCUCGUAGCGACCAUAAAAAUUGGGCUGUUUUGGCAAACAAAAUGAAAUUUUUAGACUUAUUUUUAGCGGAAUGCUGAAAACUUUAAUUUUGUUGUAUAAUUUAUUAAAGCAACCCAUACUUAUUAUAAACAAUUUAUGUAACUAAUUUUUUUUUUUGCAAUAUCAUUUAUGUACGUUUGUGUGGGUCCUAGGGCCGAGUUGGUACUCAGGUAUAUUGUCCGUGCGCUUGGGACCUUAUGUUCUCUUCUUUUUUCGUUUCCUUAGGGAGCCAGUGUAAUAAUGUAAAAAUUGUAGUCUUGAGUGUGUGCAGAGAGCGUAUGCUUUGGUAUGCCAACGAAGUUGAAUAUGUAGCUUUUCUUUAGUUUCUAUUGUCUGUUUUAUUUUGUACCAAAAAAAAGAAGAAAAUAUUAAGAUUAACUACGAAAUAAAUAAACUCGAUUUUUCAAACUAAA